CAUCGUCCUCUCUCUCAAUCUCGGAGAAAGAGUAGUCAUUUAUCCCCAAAUUUGGGGAUUCUAGGGUUUCAUGGAGCCCCGGGGGAAUCCUGCGCGAUCGGGGGCUGGAAUCAUCUCUAGGAUCCGCCUUGAGAAUUUCAUGUGCCAUGGCAGUUUGACGAUCGAGCUUGGCGAUUGGGUUAAUUUCAUCACCGGCCAGAAUGGAAGUGGGAAGAGUGCGAUUCUGACUGCGUUGUGUGUGGCGUUCGGUUGCCGUGCCAAGGGGACGCAGAGGGCUUCGUCUCUUAAAGAUUUCAUCAAGAAUGGUUGCAAUUAUGCUGCUAUUUUUGUGGAAAUAAAAAACCAAGGGGAAGAGGCUUUCAAGCAUGAAACUUAUGGUGAUCUGAUAAUACUUGAGCGGAGGAUCACAGAGAGUAGUAGUACCACUAAUUUGAAGGACUGUCAAGGGAGGAAGGUUGCAACUAGGAGAGAUGAACUUCGUGAACUUGUGGAACAUUUUAAUAUCGAUGUUGAGAAUCCAUGUGUGAUUAUGAGUCAAGAUAAAAGCAGAGAGUUUUUACAUUCUGGAAAUGACAAAGAUAAGUUUAAGUUCUUUUUUAAGGCCACCCUUCUUCAAAAUGUAAAUGAGCUAUUACUAAAUAUCAGAGUCCAGCUGGAUGCUGCGAGUGCUAUUCUUGAUGAACUGGUAUCAUUGAUUAGGCCUAUAGAGAACGAACUCAAAGAUUUGCAAGACAAGAUUAAGAACAUGGAACAUGUGGAAGAAAUAGCUCAUGAAGUGCAAAAUCUGAAGAAAAAACUGGCAUGGAGCUGGGUAUUUGACGUUGACAGACAAAUUCAGGAACAAAAUGUCAAGCUUGAGAAGCUUAAAGAGCGAGUCCCUACUUGCCAAGAGAGGAUUGAUAAAUACUUGGCUAAAGUGGAGAAAUUGAAGGAAACACUUCUCACCAAGAGGACCAAAAUAACCUCUAUGACGGAAAAAACAUCUGAAGUGAGAAGAGGGAAGGAAGAAUUGCAGCAAAAGCUCUCACUGGCUACCAAAGAGAGUCUUGAGGUUGAAGAAGAACACUCCCGUGUAAACAAUGUUAUUAGGAAGAUAUCUGCUCAAAUUGUGUCACUUGAGCGGCAGGUUCAAGAUAUCCAGGAACAGCACAUGAAAGCCACACAGGCUGAAGAGUUUGAGAUUGAGGAAAGAAUGAAGGAAAUUAAUGAUGAGGUUGAUAUAGUCCAGAAGAGUGUAACAAGGUUACUAGAAGAAGAAAAUUCCCUAUCAGAAAAUUUAGCAUUGGCAAAAAGCACUGUUAAGGAAAUUGCAAAGGAGAUUGAAGAAUAUGAAAGAAAGAAUCGUGAUUUAAAUUCUUACAUCCGCGAUCUUCAACGACGACAAACUAAUAAGGUAACUGCAUUUGGGGGAGACAGAGUGCUGAAUCUCCUUCAAGCAAUUGAGCGACAUCAUAGGAAAUUUAAAAGCCCCCCUAUUGGCCCAAUUGGUGCUCAUGUGACUUUGGUUAGUGGUGAUAUGUGGGCUCUAGCAGUUGACUGUGCUAUUGGAAGGUUGCUAGAUGCUUUUAUUGUCACUGAGCAUAAAGACUCUCUUCUCUUACGGGCUUGUGCUAGAGAAGCAAACUAUCAGAACCUUCAAAUUAUCAUAUAUGAUUUUUCCAGGCCAAGGUUAAACAUUCCAAAUUACUUGCUUCCAUCAACGAACCAUCCAACUACACUUUCAGUCAUACAUUCAGACAAUCACACAAUAAUGAAUGUGCUCGUGGAUAUGGGUAAUGCUGAGAGGCAAGUGCUUGUUCAAGACUAUGAAAUGGGGAAAUCUGUUGCGUUUGAUCAGAGAAUUCAAAACCUGAAGGAGGUGUACACUUCAGAUGGAUAUAAAAUGUUCUAUAGAGGUUCAGUGCAAACCACCCUCCCUCCAAAUAAAAGGGCUAAAACUGGCCGCUUAUGCAGUUCAAUUGAUGAUCAACUUUAUGAGAUUGAAAUGGAGGCAUCAAAAGUUCAGGAGCUUAUACAAGAAGGCAAGGGAAGAAAAAGGAUUUCUGAAAGAUCAGUGGAGGAUCUUGAAGCUAGAAUGCAUAGUGUAAAAAAGCGACGAACAAAUGAAGAGAGAGUUCUGAUGGCUAAAAAGUUAGCAUUGCGUGAUAUGAAGAGUGCAUAUGAUGCUGAAUUUAAUAGUGCUGACCACACUCCUAAUGUGGAAGAGCUUUAUCAAGAAAUCACGGAUCUCCAAGAACACAUGCAAGUGAAACAGAUGUCCCUUGAGAAAAUCAAAGUUAGGAUGACUAUCGCCCAAGAAAAGGCCAGUGAUCUAAGAUCAUCCUUCGAGAAAUUAUGUGAGUCAGCAAAAGGGGAAAUUGAUGCAAUUGAAGCAAGAGAACGUGAACUGAUGUUGGCAGAAGAUGAUCUACGUUCUGCAGAGGAUGAAAGAACUCAUUAUGAAGGAAUCAUGAAUAAUAAGGUGCUGCCUGAUAUCAAAGAAGCAGAAGCAUUGCUUGAAGAGCUCCAACACAAUCGCCAGGAGAAUUCCAGGAAAGCAACCAUCAUAUGCGCUGAGAGUGAAGUGGAAGCUUUAGGAGGUUGUGUUGGGAGUACUCCAGAGCAACUCAGUGCCCAACUGAACAGAUUGAAACAAAAACUUCAACAUGAAAGCCGGAGAUACUCCGAGUCAAUUGAUGAUCUUAGAGCAAUUUAUGAGAAAAAAGAGCGCAGAAUUUUGAGUAAACGACAAAACUAUGAAGCUUUCCGUGAUGAGUUGCAGGCAUGCAAGGAAGCACUUGAUUCACGGUGGACAAAAUUUCAGAGAAAUUUAAAUUAUUUGAGGCGACAGUUAAUUUGGCAGUUUAAUGGACAUUUGAGGAAGAAAGGCAUCAGUGGGAACAUUAAGCUCGAUUAUGAUGAUAAGACUCUAUCAGUAGAGGUGAGUAAACUUUCUCCAUCAUCUAGGGCGAUAUUACUGUGCCGGGACACUAGAGGGCUUUCAGGUGGUGAGCAUCUUUCUCUCCCACUCUUUGUUUUGCUUGACUCUACGCUUCAUGAAAUGACUGAAGCACCAUUUCGAGCCAUGGAUGAGUUUGAUGUAUUUAUGGAUGCUGUUAGCCGGAAAAUCAGCUUAGAUACCCUUGUCGAUUUUGCUGUGGCUCAAGGGUCACAGUGGAUAUUUAUAACCCCUCAUGACAUCAGCAUGGUGAAAUCUCAUGAGAGGGUCAGGAAGCAGCAGAUGGCAGCACCUCGUUCUUGAUAAGAGAAUCAGUCUGCACACUAACUUAUCUAUUUACUGUUUGUUUUGGAAAGCAUGUUGAUAGUGCUAAUUGGACUAAAUACACCAGCCAGUAUAUGCUCAGGGAAACAAUGUAAUUAGUUACUCCCAUUUGUCUGUUUUAGUACUUUUUAUAUAUGAACUAAGGAAAACUAUGUCAGUUUUGAUUGGUCUUGGAUCA